AUGGCGAGCAAGGAUAUGCGCCCAACGAACCCCAAAUGUUCGCCAGAAUCAAUACCUGCCACUGGGCUCAGUGUGAUCUAUGAACCAGACACUGACUAUCCCAUCGCUGAUAUCAUCAUGGUCCAUGGGCUGAAGGGCCAUCCUUACAAGACAUGGAGAUAUACCCCUUCAUCAAAAACUGCAGACAAGCAGCCUCCACCUACUCGGCAAAGUGCAAAAUCGCAGCCUUCUAAGCGACUUCAACUCAGGCGUAGCAUUAUGAGCUGGAAGAAAGAGCCAUCCACGAAGGGAAGUAAUGACAGCGAACCCACUCUCUCCGUCGUUGGAACUGUCCUUGGCCCGACGGCCCCAAAUGAAUACAUCUUUUGGCCUGUUGAUUUACUGCCAGAAGUAUGCGAAAACGCCCGCAUUUUGACUUUUGGCUAUGACACAAAAGUGACAAAGUACACUUCAGGACCAACCAACAUGAACUCUAUUCUAUCCCACGGAAAGGACUUAUUGUUUUCUUUGGGAAGGCAAGUAGUUCCAGGCCGGCCUCUGAUCUUUAUAGCCCACAGCCUUGGUGGUAUUCUUGUUAAAGAGAUGCUCGCACUUUCAUCAACGUCAGAAACAAGCGCACAAGGAGUUGUCGAGUGGACAAAAGCCAUCAUCUUCCUUGGCACGCCACACCGUGGGAGCCCAGAAUUCUCAAAAAUCGGCGAGCGGGCUCGGUCUAUUCUGAGUAGCUUACGUUUCCAAACAGCAGCGGCAAUAUUAGACACACUACGCCAGGGCAAUACCGACUUACAACGUGCUCACGAAUCCUUCACUCGGCUCUGGCAACGUUACAACUUUCGAGUCAAGACAUUUCAAGAAGGAUUUGGCCUUACUGGUAUCAAUAUUUGGGUUCUGGGCAGUAAGGUGGUUCCUCACGACUCAUCACUGAUCGGGGAUCCAAGAGAACACUCGGAGACCUUACAGGCUAACCACAUGGAAAUGUGUCGCUUUAGCAGCGCUAGCGAUCCGAAUUAUCUGAAGGUCGCUGGUGAAAUCAAUGAUAUCUAUAUGGCGAUAAGCAAGUCUGCUCAAGAAAACCGUACUUUGGAAGACCAGGCCGAACCUCAAAAGAUGGUGGAUAUAUUGCUUCACAAACUUCACUUCGAUAGGAUGGAUCGGCGAAAAAACCUCAUUUCUCUGCCCAUGCUUAACACUGGCCGAUGGCUGUCUGCCAACUCAACCUAUCGCGAAUGGCGUUUAGACCAUCAUGUUAGUCACCCUAUUCUCUUAAUAAAGGGUAAGCCGGGGGCGGGAAAGUCAACAUUGAUGAAAGAGGCUGUGCAGCACACACAAUCGGUUUGGAAAGGGGACAGUCUCUGCGCCAGUUUCUUUGUCGAUGGCACAGGUCACGAUAUGGAACAUUCCACGGAUGGGGUCUUUCGAUCUUUACUUUUCCAACUUCUUCCGCACACCAAGGUAUCAACUUCGGAUCCAUCGUCCACAGAAGCUAGGAGCUUGAAACAGGCCAUUCAAGAGGCCGCAUGGUCAUCUGAGGAACUAAGUUUGCCAGAACUACAGACUUUGCUCAUCAGAACACUUGAAGCUCUAGUAUUGAACCACACGCCAAUAUACAUCUUUGUGGAUGCUCUUGAUGAACUACAGGAAGAAGGACAGAGGAAGCAAAUCGACUUUUGGAGCGACAUGGUUCACUCAUCCAAAUUGCAGAAGUUGAGGGUAUGCCUAUCUUGUAGACACUUCCCUGUUGUCACAGUCGCCGACACCUUGGAGCUAGUAUUGGAAAACCAUAAUAGCAAAGAUAUUGCUUACUACAUCCAACAGCGAUUGAGGUCACGUAUGAAUGUGCGUGACACGACUUGGAGAGAUGAAAUCCUACAGAAGAUACAAUCUCGAUCAGCUGGGGUUUUUCUCUGGGUUGUACUAGUGGUUGACAGAAUACUGGCAAAGUACGACUAUGGUUUCAAUUUGAGAAACCUUUUACGUGCUAUCGAGGAUACACCAACAGGACUUCGAGAGCUAUAUAUCGAGAUUCUCUGCUCAUUGGGAGUGUAUGAGAAACAGGUGGCGUUGGGGAUCUUCCAAUGGAUCAUCGCUGCAGCCAGACCGCUCCGACUUGAUGAAUGGUACCAUGUACUCGCCUUUGUUAAGUAUCCCAUGCCAACCUCACUCCGUGGCUGGCGACGAUCAGAUACCUAUACUGAAAACGACAAACAGCUUGAAAGGGAGAUCAGAUCACUAUCCAGAGGCUUACUGGAAGUAAGUAACAGCCAGUGUAGUGACACUAACGACGCAUCCUCUGUGGAUGCUGGUGCGGGAUCCCUCGACCAAGAACACGGAUCGGCGCGAAUCAUACGGUUGACUCAUCCGUCAGUAUAUGACUUUUUUGUCCACCACUCAGGGUUUGAAUGCUUAGGCUACUAUGGGCAAAACCCUGUUGAAGACUGCCACGUUACCAUUGCAAGUACAUGCCUCGCCUAUAUAAACGUCCCAGAACUGGAUGAGUUUAUCCUUGCUCGACAACGCGUCGAGGUGGCGACCUUAACGACGUUAUCACUAUAUUCAGUUAUUUCCGAACAAUCUUUACAUUCAAGUCACUCUCAACGAAACACAGACUUCGGAAAGAAUUUAAAAAUGCUUCACACAAUGCUACCUACGGACCCCUGCCAAUUGGUGAAGUCAUGGCUGAAGGACCGUGGUUUGCCAGCUUGCCCCAACUACAACCUGGAUGAGUCUGACUCUUCAAUCUCUUCUGCCCCUGAGAUGUUGCAACGUCCACGCAUUGACGAAUACCCCGCGUUGCUCUUGUAUAUUGUCAAUGAGUUAAACUUUCACCUUCAAAUUGCGAAGAAGAGCACAAACGCGGACCGGACUUUCGCUACGUUUGAGAAAAGUAAAACUCGAUGGGACGCACUUCAGUUGGGACAACGCACGGAGUUCUCAAACAUAGAUGCAUACAACAAGUCAUCUGCACUCCUACCGUUAGUACCCUCUGCCUAG